AUGGUAGGUUAUCAGAACAUACCAGCGGAUGAAAACACCCAAGCAACAAAAGACAUCCACGACUUCCAGAGCGAUCAGCUAAAUGGUGGAGACCACAUACAAGCAUGUUACAACUUUACUAUUGGGAAUGAAAAGUUGAUGGAAUUCUACUCACCAUACUACCCGAAUAAAUAUCCCAAUAAUUCACACUGCAUCAAACAAAUUUCAGCACCUUAUGGUUAUAUAGUCCAGGUGGACUUCAGGGACCAGUUUCAUUUGGAAGAGUCUCCCAACUGCGACUACGAUAGCCUGGAAGUAAGGAACGGGCCAUACGGAUAUUCAGACCUAAUUGGCCGUUACUGCGGCUCCGACUUUCCUUCCAUUAUAACGUCAUCUGGUCGCCACUUGUGGAUGAAGUUUUCUUCUGACGACAGUAUUGAAUAUACUGGUUUUAGAGCUGUUUAUAAAUUCAGUCCUGUUGAAAGCUUUAAUAGACCGGAGAAAGAAGGCCUCCACAAGUAAAACACGUUUUUCUCCAGCUUGUCUAUAUAGAAG